GCGUAGUGCAUAAUGACUGCACACUUAUACAUAUCUAUGUUGCGCUCUCGGGUUAUAUACAUUUUAUUUUGCAGAAGCAAGCCGGAAGUGUGUCGUAUCUUUAAAGUGUAACGGAAGGUUACUUGACACUUGUGAGCUGUUGGCUAACAACAAUGAGGAGGGCUAGCAAUUUAAACCGUUCUAUCAAGUUUUGCUAAGCUUCUACAAGGUUGUAACCUGCCCACUAACUGGAUGCAAAGACCGCUUAUUUUGUUAGCUCACAACACCGUCUGUGUUGGCUUACAGCAUCUUGGAACACUUGUCAGUUAUCAGCAACUUUGGAAAGUGUGUAGAGCCUUUUCUGUCUCUUCAUGCUUUAAGCAUCUACCCCCAACUGUUCAUGCUGUACAAUUUUCCCAUCAAAUCCAUCAUUUCUCCUUGGUAUCCAAACUCAUCCAUAACGAUCCUCCCCAGCUUUCCCUACAUCAGUAUUUCUCCAACCAGCCAGAUAUGGCAGAACAGAGGUUCAUUGUUGAAUACGCCAAACGCGGUACUGCAGGAUGUAAGAAAUGCAAGGACAAAAUCCAAAAGGGCAUAGUGCGCAUAGGGAAGAUUGUACCAAACCCUUUCAGCGAGUCUGCAGGGGAGAUGAAAGAGUGGUAUCAUGCAAAGUGCAUAUUUGAGAAGCUGGAAAGGGCGAGAGCCACUACGAAGAAGAUUGAGGACAUCACAGAUCUGGAGGGCUGGGAAGAGCUGCAGGACGAAGACAGGGAGCUCAUUAAUAAACAUGUUUCAGACCUGAUGGCCAAAGUCGGUGCAAGUCCAAAGAAGAAGGUGCAGGCAAAGAUGAACACCUCUGGCCAGCUAAUGUCUCCUCCUGCUGACCCAUCUGUCAACGCUCCGCGCAAGUUCUCAGGCUUUACUGCUGCGAAAGCUGGCAGCUCCAGCAGCCCAGGACCAUCCUCUUCCCCUUCCAAUGUCAGCCAAGUCAGCGCCCUGUCCACCCAGCUAUGUGACCGCCAGCACAAGGACUGCCUCUUUAGAGAGUUUCGCAAGCUCUGUGCCAUGGUGGCAGAACACAACAGCUACAAUGUCAAGACACAGAUUAUUGAAAAGUUCCUCAAGAAGGGCUCAGGUGGAGAUAAGUUCCAUGGAGAUCUUUAUCUGACGGUGAAGCUGCUCCUGCCAGGUGUGGUAAAAAGUGUCUACAACCUAAAUGACAAGCAGAUCGUAAAACUCUUCAGCCGCAUAUUCAAGUGCAACCAGGAUGACAUGGUGCGCGAUCUGGAGCAGGGCGAUGUGUCUGAGACAGUGAGGAUGUUCUUCGAGGAGAGUAAAUCAUUUCCCGCGGCUACCAAGAGCCUCCUGACCAUUCAGGAAGUGGACGCCUCACUGACCCGCCUUGCCCAACUGACCAAGGAGGAUGAGCAGCAGACUGAGCUGGAGGAAAUUGCCAAAAAAUGUACCGGUAACGACCUAAAAUGCAUCAUUCGGCUUAUUAAACAUGACUUGAAGAUGAACUCCGGAGCAAAACAUGUCUUAGAUGCAGUGGAUCCAAAUGCUUACGAUGCCUUCAAGGCCUCGCGUAAUCUGGGUGACGUGAUUGAACGGGUGUUGAGGAAUCAGCAGGACGCGUCUAAUGGCUCAGGACCCAGGAAACUCCUCACUGUGGAGGCCACGCUCAUGACCCCCGUUCAGCCCAUGUUGGCGGAGGCAUGUAAAUCCGUUGAGUACGCCAUGAAGAAAUGCCCCAACGGGAUGUACUCUGAGAUCAAGUAUGAUGGGGAACGUGUGCAAGUCCAUAAGAACGGAGACCACUUCAGCUACUUCAGCCGCAGCCUCAAGCCAGUGUUACCACACAAAGUGGCCCAUUUCAAGAACUACAUCCCCCAGGCUUUCCCCGGAGGCCACAGUAUGAUAUUGGAUGCUGAAGUCCUUCUAAUUGACACAAAGACAAGUAAACCCCUGCCCUUUGGGACUUUGGGUGUACACAAGAAAGCAGCGUUUCAAGAUGCCAACGUGUGCCUUUUUGUUUUCGACUGCAUCUACUUCAACGGUGUGAGUCUCAUGGAGAGGCCUCUGUGUGAACGCAGAAAGUUCCUGCAUGACAACAUGGUUGAAGUCACCAACAGGAUCCUGUUCUCAGAGAUGAAGCACGUCACUAGGGCAGGAGAUCUGGCUGAAAUGAUAACUCGUGUCAUCAGAGAGGGACUUGAAGGCCUGGUGCUCAAAGACUUGAAGGGCUCCUAUGAACCAGGAAAGCGCCAUUGGCUGAAGGUGAAGAAGGACUAUUUGAACGAAGGGGCGAUGGCAGACACAGCUGACCUAGUGGUGCUGGGGGCCUUCUAUGGAAAAGGCUCAAACGGGGGCAUCAUGUCUAGUUUUCUAAUGGGCUGUUAUGACCCACAUUCCAAGAAAUGGUGCACAGUCACCAAGUGCUCCGGAGGCUACGAUGACGCCACCUUGGCCCGGCUCCAGAAAGAGCUGGAUGUGAUCAAAAUCAGCAAGGACCCGAGCAAAAUCCCAGGUUGGCUGAAAAUCAUCAAGAACUAUUAUCCGGACUUCAUUAUUCGUGAUCCUCAGCAAGCACCUGUCUGGGAGAUCACAGGCGCAGAGUUUUCCAAAUCCGAAAUGCACACCGCUGAUGGCAUCUCUAUCCGCUUUCCCCGCAUGACACGCAUUCGUGAUGACAAGGACUGGAAGACUGCUACCAACUUGCACCAGCUUAAAGAGCUCUACCGCAUAUCAAAGGAGAACUGUGACUUUAAAGUGACAGCUGGACCAUCUACAUCCAACGAUGACAAGGGCUCCUCAGGAGGGGACAGCGGACGAAGCUCCCCGUCGUCUUCGUCCCACGGAAGUGCUCCACCCAAGAAGACCAACAGCACACCCAAACCAAAGGUGGUGAAGUCCCAGCCUCGCACUCCUGGCUCAGAAGCAUCCAGUGCCAAGAAGGUGAAGAAGAGUGAAAGUGUUCACAGCAAUGGACAAAGCAAAACAAAGCCAGCCUCUCAACUACUAGAGCCAAGGAAUGACAAGACGCUGCUGGACAUCUUCAGUGGGGUGAAGCUUUUCCUGCCCGUUUCAGUGCAGGACUUUGACAAACUGAGGCGGUACUUUGUGGCGUAUGACGGAGACCUCGUACAGGACUACGACGCCGCCUCAGCCACACAUACGCUGGCUGAACCUGAAGACGACAGCAAGGCCCAGAGAGUGUCACCAAGCUGGAUCUGGGAAUGUAUCCGCAAGAGGCGGGUCGUACCUCCCUGUUAAUAAUAAAAACAAAAGAAAACACAUUUUAUACACUGUUAACUUUUCCCUGACCUAUGGAUAUCUGUGUAACUUAACUCUACAUCCAUGUUAAACCAUAUGAACAUGGCUUUAUGGUUUGGACACAAAGGCCAGAUGUCACAAUAAGUUUGAACAGGUUUGGGGGGGGAAUUACUGUGACACUAAUCACUGUCCUCAGGUCAUUUUAACUUAUUCUUUCCAAGCCCUUUUUGUUUUGUACAUGACAAAACAGAGGACACAAAUGGUAUACAUUAGUUUUGACAAUUUUCUGGUAAUAGGAAGAUCUUGAAUACUAGGGAUAGACGUAGCCAACUUACUGAUGACAUUUUUGAUGAAAUGGUUUGUUUGAGCAAAUGGAAAUGUAUAGUUUUUGUAAGAUUCAAUACAUUAAUACUGUAAAUCACGAAAUGCGUUUUACAAGCUAUGUAACAACUCUUGACAUUGAAAUGAAUAUGCAGCAGGAUUAAAAGCAGGGGUUUUAUUUGCAUCAUGCAUACAUUUUUCUGCCUGAAUGGAACAUUGUGCAAGGUAUUAAACCCUAGCUCAUGAACUUAAUUUGUCUCCUGUUAGGAAUAAACAAAAUGCUGAUAAAAA